AUGGAUUCAAACAUAAAAACAUCUAUAACAGAUUUGAAUAAUUCUAAAAAUUGCGAGACUUUGGAAAACGACAAGCCGGAAUCUUUUAAUGAAAAUGAAAGGAGUUCGCAAGAAUCACUUGGCGACACUCAAAUUUUUAAACGUAGUCCUAAAAUAACCUUUGAGAUAAUAAAUCGUGAACACAAAAUAAUCAAUUCAUGUCAUCCUAAUAACGCUGACAAUGUCGAAGACUUGACAAUUAUCUGUCAUGACGAUAAAGUCGUAACGAACUGUAUUCUUGACGAUGACGAGAAAAUAGAGAGAAUACCGUUAGAUGAGAACAAUCCAAUGAAUUGGUCACAAGGGAAAAAGCGGAUUACUUUGUUCUUGAUUGCUUUUGCCGGGAUAAUUGCUCCUCUUUCUAGCACAAUCCUUUAUCCAAUUCUAAAUUUAAUUCGAGAAGACUUGAAUAUUCAACAAAUACUUGCGAAUUCAUUAGUCGGCGUAUUUAUCUUAGUUCUCGGAAUCGCACCGCUUGGAUGGGCAUCAUUUUCCGAUACGCGAGGCACUCGACGAAACGUUUAUUUAUCUUCAUUUUUAAUCUUUAUUGUUGCGUCUUUCAUUUGUGCUUUAUCGUAUAAUGUUUGGUUACUGCUAAUAAUGCGGGCCUUACAAGCAUGCGGUGCUUCAGCCGUUCAAAGUAUUGGAGCAGGAACAAUAAGCGAUAUAUAUCCGCCUUUAGAGCGAGGCAUGUCUUUUGGUCUAUUUUACGUCGGCCCGCUAAUUGGAACAGUAAUUGGCCCUGUAAUUGGAGGUUAUUUAGGGGAAGCAUUUGGAUGGAGAUCAAUAUUCUGGUUUUUAUUGAUAUUAGGAGUCAUAAUUAUUCUUGUGAUUUUCUUUUUUCUUCCAGAGACAUUCUAUCAGCAAAUUAAUCCAUCAGCUACAUCAACAGAUCAAAAAGAGAAAAAACGAUUUAACCCAUUCGGACCACUAUCUCUUCUUAAACAUCCACACUUACAAAUAGUAGUAUUAUAUAUUAGCAUUCUUUAUGCAAACUUGUACACCCAACAUAUUUUAAUCUCGACGACUUUUCCAUCUCGAUACCAUCUUUCUACAAGCGCAAACGGUUGGAUGAUCUUUCCAAAUUGUGUUGGUUACCUGAUUGGAUCGGUUUUAGGCGGUCGGUACUCGGAUUAUGUAUUGCUUAGGGGGAAAAAACGGCACGAGGGAAAGUAUAUGCCGGAAUUGAGACUUCAAAGUGUUUGGUUUGGCGCAAUUAUUUUCUCGUUUUCUACUUUGGCGUUUGGAUGGUUGGUGGAGUUUAGGUUACCGUUGAUAUGGCCUCUAUUAGCAAUGUUUUUCGUUGGUCUUGGAACUAUGCUCGUCGUUUCUUCAGCAUGCGGUUACAUGGUCGACACAUUCCCGUCAUUAAGCGCUUCGGCGAUUGCUACAAAUAAUUGUAUGCGCUAUCUGGCAGCAGCAACGAUGACUAUUCUCACUGAGCCAAUGCAUCAAGCUUUGUGCACCGGUUGGAUAUUCACCAUUCUUGGAUUUCUUUCUAUGGUUGGCGGAUUGCUUUUGGUAUUAGUCUAUGCUCGAGGUUCAAAGUGGCGUGAACAAGCUUUAGUCAUUAUUAGUGAAAAAUGUUAA